AUGAUUGGUCCUGAGGUACCCGAGAAGAUUCAAAAACUAAGAGCAAAGAGAUUAGGGAGGUCACAAGAUCAAGAGGUAGUAGAAAGUUCUGAUGAUGAUUUUGCAGGCCCAAAGUUAGACGAUUUCAAUGAUGAUGGUGAAGAAUCUGAAGAAGCUGCUGCUAAUGAAAGACUAAGAAUUGCAAGAAUUGAGCAGUUACAAAAACAAGACAACACAUCUGGAAAUCAAAGAGAUUCUAAGCAUGAUUCAUGGAUGUCAAUGAGACCUGAAUGGGCCGAAACUUCUGAGCAUUCAAGCAAUCCGAAUACAACAAAAGCAAAGCCUAUUGAAACCCAAGCGAGAUCAAACAAACCUUCUUUAAUGGAACUACACCAAGAAAAUAUAAGAAAACGUGGUCUUGAUGAAAAAUCGAAAGUCACGUAUGAUCCAAGCGAAAAUUUAAAUGCCGAAGUCCGUAAAGAGGUCUUCAGAAAAGCAUCAACAUUAAAUGAUAGAUUUACAAGAGGCUCAUAA